AUGGAGAAUCGGGAUGUUGAAGGGUAUGAGAGACUCAGCCGUUUGUUUCAGGCGGUCUCCCUACGCAGGGUCAAAGACAUGGACUCCCUUGAUCUCCACCUGCCCAAACGGCACGACGUCGUUCGCCUUGUUGAGCUCGAUGAGGAAGAGACCGCCCUCUACAACCUUGUCAAAAAAUCCUCAGCCACCACAUUCAAGGCAACUGGAACCGGUAGAGGCAUCUUGCAAGUCAUUCUUAGACUACGCCAAGUAUCCAACCACGGGGCGGACCUGCUACCUUCCGAGAUCCUAAACCGGCUGAAGACUGCUGACAUCUCAGGUCUUCCCCCCUCUAUUUUCGAUACCAAGAGAUGUGAAGUUUGCGGGGACAUUGUUGGCCAGGGAAUGGAAACACCGGAGCGCUUCUUAGGUUGUGGACAUCCAGUCUGUACUGCAUGUCUCCCUUUGAAUCGACAAGAUGAUGACAAUUGCGACCCUAUCUGUCCCAUUUGCAAUGACUCAGCAAUGGGUAAGGUCAAGUCCAAGCCAUCUGGAAGAGAACUAGCAAAGUCCUAUCGCCCUUCGUCAAAGGUUCGAGCCUUGCUUGUGCAACUCGACCUUGAUAAAGCAAAUAUCACUACAGGCAGUGAGGAUGUGCCCAAGAGGUAG